AUGUCUUGCUCCACGACCGCGACCAUGUCGGCAGCCACGCAGCCAGAUACGCUGACGUCCGAUGCGCGGUACGUGUGCCUUGACUUGCUCGGCGCGGGCGCGUAUGGCCAUGUGUACCGCGGCAUGGACCGCUCAACAGGCGCUGCCGUCGCCAUCAAAAUUGUGGAGCUGGACAUGUCCACCGAGGAGCUGAAUGCGGUGCAAAAGGAGAUCCAUAUUCUGAGCCAGGUACGGUGCCCGUUUGUGACGCGCAUGUACGACAGCUUUGUCGUCGGGAUGCAACUUUGGAUCGUGAUGGAGCUGUGUGUGGGCGGCAGCUGUGCGGAUCACGCGCGGCAGGGACGCCUCCAUGAAGCGCAUAUUGCCGUGAUCCUGCGGGACGUCCUGCGCGCCUUGGUAUAUCUACACGCCGAAGAUAUGGUGCACCGUGAUAUCAAGGCGGCUAAUGUGCUUCUAUACAUGGACCAGCAUGGGACCGGCAUCCGUGUCGCCGACUUUGGCGUCGCUGGGCGCCUGCAGCAGGCGCAUGCCAAGUGUGAGAGAGCGUUUGUCGGCACGCCGUACUGGAUGAGCCCUGAAGUCAUUAAGCAGAGCAGCUACAACACCAAGGCAGACAUAUGGAGCACUGGUAUCAUGGCGAUUGAGCUCGCGGAGGGCGAGCCGCCGUAUGCCGACCUACACCCUAUGAAGGUACUGCAUCUCAUCCCACGCAACCCUCCGCCCCAGCUUUCGCCGACCUACACGUCCGCGUUCCGCGACUUUGUCGCGCAGUGUCUCACGCGCGAUCCGGCGAAGCGGCCUACCGCCGCGGCCCUGCUGAAGCACAAGUUUAUCCGGCACGCCGGCUCGGCUGUCUCGAUUCUCACGCCGCUGGCGCAGCAGUACAAGCCUCUGAAGCACAGUGCUUCGUCGCAGUAUGCUGUAGCUCCGACCCCAGAUCCACCACCCCUAUGGGAAUUCGCCUCUCUACGUCGCUAA